AUGCCGGUCGCUAUGAACGGAGCCACGGGCUCUAAGAAGAGAAAGAGCGCCAAAGAAAGCGCAAUCCCUUCCUCCAAGCGCCGUGCCGUUGCAGAGACGCAGAGCGAGGACGAGAUGGCCAGGAUCCAAGAGCUGGAGGAUCAGAUCUCGGAGUCGCGAAAAUAUUACAACAAUAUCGCAACGCUGAUAUCGAUGCUUAAUGCGGAUGGCAAGCCAAACCUUGCUGUCGCGGUGUCUCUCUGCCGCGUCUUCAGCAGAUUGAUUGCCGUUGGAAACCUGACCGAAACCAGUCGCGCUGCAGAGAAUGAGAAAAUCAUUGUGGCUUGGUUGAAGGAACGCUGUCGAGAGUAUCAGAAGGCGCUGGUCUCGAUUCUUCGUGAAGGAGAUCCUUCCUCGCAGAUCACUGCCUUGACCUUGUGUAUGCGCAUCGUCAACGAACGUGCUACACACCUCCCGGGCGACGAUACCCAGGUCUGGCUGUCUGGUUUAUUCAAGAGUGUCUUUGAGGCAGUCAUCGAGGCCAAAAAUGGGCAGACUUUACGGGCAGAGUUCCUCGAGAAGUUCGCCAAGGUAUACGAGGACGUGAGAUACUAUACAUUUGUGCAAAUACCUGACUAUGCAGCCACGGAAAGAACCCCCGAGAUCCUUGAUACCCUGAUUUCGAUGCUCUCAGAAUGCGAUACCGUUCCGGGGCCCGAACACAAGUUUGAGAAUUUUUAUUCGAAGUCAAGCAGGCAGAACAAGAAGCUUCUCUCCGUAACCGCCCACAAGAAGCGAGCACAAGAUGCCUGGCUGGCUAUUUUACGAAGCGAUCUGUCCCAUCCGCAACGCAAAGUCUUAUUGCGCAACAUGGUCCACAACAUCGAGCCGUGGUUCAACCGCCCCGAGCUGCUCAUGGACUUUUUGACAGACUCGUACAACGUCGGCGGCGCGACCUCCUUACUCGCCCUUUCUGGUCUCUUCUACCUGAUUGAGGAAAAGAACCUCGAUUAUCCCCAGUUCUACCACAAACUGUACUCCCUCCUCGACGCCGACCUCUUGCACUCCAAACAUCGCUCCCGCUUCUUCCGCCUGAUGAAUACCUUUCUCUCCUCUACCCAUCUUCCAGCCGCGUUGAUCGCCAGCUUCAUCAAGCGUCUCUCCCGGCUCGCCCUGAACGCACCACCUACUGCCAUCGUGGUCAUCGUCCCCUUCAUCUACAACCUGUUGAAAAACCACCCAACAUGCACCUACAUGCUGCACCGCACCGUCCGCGGGGAUGACGCCACGGCCAAGCUCGAAGCAGAGGGCAUGGACGACCCAUUCAACAUGAACGAGCCAGACCCAACGCGCACAAAAGCCAUCGAGAGCAGUCUGUGGGAACUCGAGACCCUGCAAUCCCACUACCACCCCAACGUCGCGGCGAUCGCCCGCAUCAUCUCCGAACAAUUCACAAAACAGGCGUACAGUCUGGAAGAUUUCCUGGACUAUACCUACCAGGGCAUGCUGCAGGCGGAGCUGGGUACAGAAAACAAGCCCUUCAAGAGGAUUCCCGUCGUCGAGUAUCAUAUCCCCAAGCGAAUAUUCACAGACAGAAUGCUGAAGGAGGAUGGGGGCCAGGAUACAGCACCUGGCAACUUUAUGAGAGGAUUGUGGAGCUUCGAAUGA